UUCAGUGUGUACAUUAUGUACCAUUUCCUUUGAUAAUUGUAAUUACAUUUACUUAUUCUUGAUAUUUUCAGUGACAUCAAUAUAUCAUCACAUUGAGAAGCGUAACACCGAGUCCCAUCUGCUAAUUUUAGAAUUCUAUAUAGUCACACAUCUAAACUUAACCAACACAACAUUUGCUGAAGCGCUUGCAUAUUACGACGAUAUACAACUCAACAUACUGAAACCCCUUGUCCAAGAUCUGGUAAACAAUGGUACCUUUGCCAUCGAAAAUUUUGUGCUGAAGAACGAUUCCUUUGCAACGCCAAGUUAUGGAGAUAUAAUAUGUGACGAUGGUUAUAUGCUGGACAGAUCAACAUGUAAGCCAUGUCCAGUCGGCUAUCUCCUUAACUCAACAAGUAACCAGUGUGAACAAUGUCCAGUUGGUCAGUACAAGGACGUUGAAAGUGAAAGCACAUGUAAAUCAUGUCCAAGUGGCUACACGACACAGGAAUCCGGGUCCAAGUCCCAGACUGAGUGUGUCAAAUUAUGUAGUCCGGGCACAUAUUCUCCAAAUAGGAUCGAGAUUUGCAGCGCAUGUCCCGUUGGUUACUACCAAGAUGAAUAUGGACAGACUGCAUGUAAACAAUGUCCUUCUGGUACA